AUGGUUCAAGAUAGGAAGCUGUGUUCUUGUUAUCAAUGCAAAAAAUAUACUUGUGUUGACCAUGACGGCAAUAACAAGGAGGGUCAAAUGCUCAUCUCCAGUACGUGGUCUAGACAUAAAAUGAAGCACCAGCAGUGGCUAUCAAAGCAACAUGCCAAGAACAAAAAGAACACCCAGGUCAAGAUACUUACAUCUACAAUUGCAUCAGACAAGCCAAACAACCAUUCAAUACCAGUUUGGCAGCAGGACCACGGAACUGAAAACCCAUCAGCAAUAAUCACUGAGACUGGAUUGAUUGGUACUAAGUCACAAGCUGACUUGUUAGAGAGUGGUGUAUUUUCUCUCCUCCUCACAAUGCAUAUUUUUUUCUUAGACUUGUUUUCAGUGCCAGAGUAG